AUGUACAUCAUUGUGGAAAAAAUUACACACACUAGAGAACAUCUUCACAAGGCGGCGGCAGCAAGAAGCAGCCAUAUAAAGAAAAUGACACAAAACAAUAUAUUCAGGCCGCCGCCGGAAAAUAGCAUCAUAAGGAGUGCCGCGGAAAAAAAUAUCUUCAUAAAAAAAAGAACCUCGCGGAAGAAUAUCUUCCCGGUAACAUGA